GGCUGGCACAGUGCUGGCUGCGGCAUUCAUUGCAUUUGACCUUCGCACAGCUCGUAAAACUUAUCAGUGCACCAAGUGCUGCAGUUGCAUACAGCGGUGCGACGCGUACACUCGCAUACUAAAGCUGACACAGGCUGCACACUGCUGACACAGAGGCACGCAGAGGCACGCGGACAGUGCAACCGCUCGCCGCACGCUGCAAAACACUGCAUGAACAUCGCACUAGCACUCAUCAUCAUGGCCACUCGCAGCGCCAGCGCCCUGUCGGCCCUGCCCGCCGCGUCGCAGUGCCGCGUGGCCGUGUGCGGCGCGGGCGUCGCCGGCGCGCUGACGGCGCGGCGCUUAGCGGAGGCCGGCAUGUCCGUGACGUGCUUCGAGGCCGGCCGCGGUCCCGGCGGCCGCACGUCGUCGCGGCGGACGGACCUGGGGCACUUCGACCACGGGGCGUCGUAUUUUGCGCCGAAGACGGAAACGUUCGCCAAGACCGUUGAGGAAUGGGUGGCCGCCGGUGCUGCUGCGGAGUGGCGCGGCCGCUUCGGCACGCUGCGCGACGGCGCCUUCCGGCUCGACGAAGACGCGCCGCCGCGCUACGUCGGCACGCCGCGCAUGAGCGCCAUCCCGCGCCACCUUCUCGCGCACGAAGGAAUUACUUGCGUCUACGGCACGCGCGUCAAAGGUGCUGAUUUCAACGAUGGCUGGACGCUCCGCGACGCGAGCGGCAAAGAACUCGGCCGCUUCGACGCGCUAGUCAGCUCGGACCGCCUCAUGGCCUCUGUAGCUGGACUUCCGGCGCCGCCAGCAGUUGACACGGUGCUCCCAGAGUUAAAUGACCUGCCGUCGUUCGCGGGCGCGGCGAGCAAGGUCGAGUCGAGCCGCGCGCUCGUGCUGAUGCUCGGGUUCGCGGGCGCGGUCGGAGACAUUCCGUUCGACGCCGCGCUCGUCGAGGGCGACGACGUCGUGUCUUACGUUUCGCGCGACUCGUCGAAGCCUGGCCGAAGUGGCGAGCUCUGGACGGUGCACGCGACGCCGGAGUUCGCCGAGCGGACGCUCACGGCCGCCGCGGCCGAGGAGGACCCGCGAUCCGCGCUCCAGAAGAAGGCGCCUGAGCUCGUCGCCGCCAUGUCGCGCCUCCUGGCGCCGUGGGUCCCGGAGCUGCCUCCUCCAGACAUCGCCGUGGCGCACCGCUGGGGCGCCGCGUUCCCGAGCAAACCAGAAGACGGUACUCCCCCGGCGAUCUCCGAGCUCGGCGGGCGGUUCGUCGCCGUCGGGGACUAUCUCGUGGGGCCCCGCGUCGAGGGCGCGGCCGCGUCGGCCGAGGCCGGGGCGAAGCUUCUGAUUGGGGCUUGUGCGUAGUAUUAUUGUUACGGUGCUAGACUAGUGGCUUGUCUAGCGCGUCAUACACUCUAG